UCUUGACUAUAGCAUUCAUCUUUGUGAAUUCUUGCUCCUACUCAAGAUGCUGUUGUGCUAACAUCCACGCAAUGAUCAAUAAUUCUCUCAAUCUCCUCCAAACAGCUCACCGCUCAACCCUUUUUUCUCAAAACACCCUCUAAACACAUAAAAUCAUGUCUUUCAUAAUACCCCCUACCACACGCCUCCCCCCCAUCAAGAAAAUUCCAUACAAUUCCCCCCAAGAGCUCCUGGAAUGUCUAUUAUACCUCCGCUCGAUAUACAACCCUCCAGUACGAGGAUCAAAGCGGCGUCGCUCAGACCUCCAAACAGUCGCCGUCCUCGACGAGUGGCGCUCCGAUCCCUUCGAGCGCUCGUACGCCAUCCGAUGGCUCACAGCCCUCGUCUCGCAGGCCGUGCUCUGCUCCGAAGAGCUAAAUCAUGACGAUGCUCUCAUCGCAGAAGCGGCUGCGCUCCUAGCGAUAUGCUCUGGCACGGCAGGAGCGGGUGUCAUCCACCGCGACUUUGUCUUUGCACCCGGUGCUAUCCAAGUGCGGCUGACCGACGCACCACUGGAGAACCAGGACUUCGGCAGUGUAGGCGCACAGACGUGGGGCGGGGCGUGCGUGCUUGCUGAGGCCAUCGUGGAGGAUCCCCUCGCGUUCGGCUUGCACCCGGGGACGCGCGUAUUGGAACUGGGCGCCGGGACGGGCCUGGUCAGCAUCAUCGUUGGAAAGCUCCUCGAAGGACGUGUCACGAUUGUCGCCACGGAUUUCCACCCGUCGGUUCUGGACAACCUCAAGGCCAACAUUGCGAAUAAUUUCGCUCAGCCUGCGUCGGUCGCCAUCAGUUCCACCUUUUUGGACUGGGCCGACAGCGACAAUCACGACCGUUCACUGGAUAUACCCUUUGACGUUGUACUGGGAGGAGAUAUUGUUUACGACGCUCAGCAUGCUGUGUGGAUCCAAGCAUGCCUCCGAAAGUUUCUGCGCAAGGGAGCGGUAUUCCAUCUUGUCAUACCCCUCCGACCGACCUUUGCUACAGAAUCAAACACCGUAGAAUCAGUGUUUCGGGAUGGCGAGCUAGUCGUACUUUCAAGGGAAACCGUAAUUUGCGAUGCAGAGAAUGGAAUCUCAGACGAGGCCGUGGAGUAUGCAUAUUAUAAAAUAGGUUGGGCUUGAUGGAUAUAUACAAACGCAUAUUAUACUACAAUUUCUACUUCGACUACAUAAAGUCCCAAGAAAAUGAUGUGGGUGUAUAGGAUAUAUAUAACGAGGCCACGGCGGACCACGUCGAGCAAUACGGUGAUGAUGAUACUGAAAUCAGAAAGGAACUAGCGCAGUUGAAGAAGUAAAGCCCGUUCUUCGCGUGCUGCAU